CCGAUCCGCGGCGCCCGCGUCCGCCGGCCCGGCCUGCCGACCCCGGGAUGCUCGUGGACGCCGGCCGAGCGGAGCCGGUGCGCAGCGGGGCGCGCGAUCUCGCGCGCAUCCUGACCCCCGAGCCGGGGGCGGAGGCGGGGCAGGUGGAGGCCGCCAUGGAGGGCUUGUUCCUCAUGUUGGAGGAGUUCUGCAGCCUGGCCGACUUGAUCAGGAGCGAUACCUCCCAGAUCCUGGAGGAGAACCUCCCGCUCCUGAAGGCCAAGGCGGUGGAGAUCCGGGGCGUCUACGCCCGAGUGGACCGGCUGGAGGCCUUCGUCAAGAUGGUGGGGCGCCACGCCGCUUUCCUGGAGGCGCUGGUGGUGCAGGCGGAGCAGGAGCAGGCGGCCUUCCCGCAGGCCCUGCAGCGGUGGCUGCGCUCGGUGGGGGUCCCCGCCUUCCAGAACAGGCCGUCGGCGCGCGCGGGCUACGAGCUGCCGGAGCUGUACCGCACCGAGGAUUUCUUCCCCGACGACGACGACAUGAAGCCUCCCCGACCCUAGCGGCCCAGCGUGCCCCACACCCCGGCACCCCCGUGGGCCAGCCCGCGCCCUCCCCCUCCCCUGCUGUCCUUGGUGUCUGCACUUCCUCCCCUGGG